AUGGGUCAGGUGAAGAUGCAUCUGUUUUUCUCUGUGCUGCUGGUGUUGGGCUUUCCCUUCAUCAUGACUGAAGUUGUAGAUCCAUUCAGUAAAUGCAGUGAAUUUUUUUUUAAAGGAGAGCCUCCAACGAUUAAGGGCAUUCUGGAGAAAUCAGCUUCACAGAAUAACCGAUACAAACUAGUCUGUCAGAGAUAUAAGAACAAAUACAGAUUUGCAACUCUCUACGACAGAACUGGCAGGAUUCCUGUUUUCUCAGCUUACACAUAUACUAAGAGACAAGAAGAUUUCAAAAGACCAAAGAUUCCAUGGAUGAUCGAGCCGCAGUUGGAAAUUCUAACAGCUGAAAUGCGUGACCCCUGUGUCAAUCAGGCUUGUACAGAAGACUACUGGAACAAACAAGAUCUGAAUCGGGGUCACUUAUUUCCCCAGCUCCAUGCAGCUGAUAAAGACACUGCCAUAUCUACAUUCACACUGACCAAUAUUGUGCCGCAGAAGAUCAGUUUUAACGAUGGAAGCUGGAAUCUCAUGGAGAAAAAAGUUAAAAAUGUCAUCGAUUCUCACUGCAGGGAUGAAAAAGACAGUAAUAAGAUCUUGGCCUAUGUGCUGACAGGAGCUGUACCAAGCCAAAACGAACUGCUGAAUGAAAAAGUAAACAUUCCCUCACACAUGUGGACAGUGUUCUGCUGCUAUAACAGUAAGAGCAAAAAAUGGGAGUCCCAAGCUCACUGGGCUAAAAACAUAGACGAGAGCAAAGAUGAGCACAAAACUAUCAGUGAACAGAGCCUAGAGAAUGUCCAGGAGUUUCUAAAGGGAGAGUACAAAGGAGAAUACACACUGUUUCAAGGUGACUGUUCGAUACUUUUAAAUGUGGAUGGAAGUCAACCUCCAAAAGAAGAUAGUGAUGACCAGCAAAAUGAUGAGGAAAUGUCUUAUUGGUCUUACUUUAAACAAUUGCCAGCUAAAUUUUGGGACUGGUUACGUGGCUAA